UGAACAAAACCCAGAUCGAAUGAACGACCGUGGGCUGCAUGACAUCGGUGGCGUAUUGGAAUCUCGCAAUGCCUUAAUCGUCUGCUCAUUUGACCCUUAAGCUGUAAGCAAGAGUGAGCGCCGCAUCGCUUGGUAGACUGCGAGAUUUCGUUUAACACAGCAGCUAGUAUCUUCGGUUGGGAAUGCUACAGUGGCAAGGCGGGGAGGAGUGGUAGAAAUCCAACACUACGCGUGGCAUUGCCUUUCUUCGGGCACUGCUGCCGACUGUUUGGUAGUACACAUCGUAAAGAAACUUGGUAUCAAUUUCCUCCACGCUUCGUGUCCGUGCUAUCUACGUAUGAUGUGAAAGACAUUGCCAACUUUGUAGUGAGAUUGGGAAUAUGGACAACAGACAUCUUGAUAGAUGCAGUCGUGUAUUCCAUGACAUCUUAUGCUGGAAAGACUUUGAUUUGAUUUCAGUACUUUCUUCAAGUUUUGUACGUCGAGUCCCGUGGCCAUUGUGUGUGUACAGACUUGAACUAGCUAGUCUUGAGGGCGAAUGUUAAUAUUGAGACGGGAGGGUGCUUGACCAGAGCUGCGGCUACCAACGGCUUGAGUGGACAUUGGUGAUGACUGGAUAAAGUGUGGUCUUUGAAGGUAAAUAUUGUAUCGAGCAAGAAGAUAUUUAGGGGGAAACCACACAGUGAUGAUGACGUAAUUGACUUCCCCUCUGAUUCCAGUGAGAGCGAUGAUCUCAAGUGGACACCUCGAGGUAGACAACUUCAAGUGGCUAAAUUAGGAAGAUUUCGGUGGCUGUAUUCUAGUUGAAGUUGACCGAACGAACAGUCACAUGGGUGACCACUUUAUCACACAAUCUGAAUCUCAAGACAUAGCGAGCAUGAAAGACGAUAUGGGGAUCGAUUUCAAGGACACAUCCUCACUUUCUAUGGGUGCAAGCUUUUCAGACUUGAACUCUUCGGUCUGGGACAACUUGGACUAUCCGUCGUCCUCUGGAGGCGAACGCUGUUACGCGACGGACUAUGACGUCUCUGAAGGCGUCAAAGUAUUUUUCACAGUGUCUUUCGUCUUGACCAUUGCCGUAUGUGGUGUUGGCAACUCCUUGUUAUGUUUCCUCAUCAUCAGACACAAGAGGCUUCGGAGCGUCACCAAUCUUUUGAUUGCCAACCUUGCCGGUUCGGACGCGUUGGUGGCGCUCUUCAGCGCGCCCUUGUCACUGCAUGUGUAUCUUCAGCAGAACUGGACGUUGCCUUUCACCUUAUGUCCUAUUGUCGGGACGGUCAAGAAUGUUUCGCUUUAUGUGUCUGUCAACACACUCCUGGUCAUUGCCAUAGACAGGUACAUUGGUAUUUUUAGACCGCUGCGUCCUCGGAUGAAGAAGUCGACGCUUUGCGCGAUCGUUGCAUCCAUCUGGAUCGUGUCCAUCUCGGUAACGUUACCGACGCCUCUAAAAACCCAGGUCACCACCUUCAAGAACUGCCACACCGGCCAGAUGCAGAACCAGUGCUUCGAAUUAUGGCACAACCUCUUCGCUGGUAAAAUCUACAUCUCUUUCAUUACGGUUUUCGAGUUUUUGAUACCGUUCUUUACCAUGGGAUCCAUCUACCUGCAGAUCGCCAUGCAGCUAUGGAUGCACCGAACGCCACCGGGUAACCAGACAGAGCGACACCGUGAAAUCACAUUCGUUCGCAAGCAGAAGACGAUCCCUAUGCUUAUCACCGUCGUCGUUGCCUUUUUCGUAUGCUGGGCUCCAUAUUACGCCUACACGCUGGCGGUGUACUUCGCCAUGGACACCCUGGAAAACUACUCGGGCCACAUUGCGCUCUUCUACGUGGUCGAAAGCAUCGCCAUGCUCAACUCUGUCAUCAGCACCAUUAUCUAUUUCCUGAUGAGCCCCAAUUUCAGAUCCGAGCUGACCACCAUGGCUUCCAACCUCCUUGGACGGAAGUCAUCAGGUCGGAACAGAACAAGCGACAUGGACAAGGAGAAGUUCAACACACCUAAUAAUACUCACAGUAACAUAUCUCAAGGACGCAAUGGCUACAUUCAGGUAGGGCUGGUGCGGAAGAGCUCUGACCAAACUGCCGAGGCUCGAUUGUAGUCCGGUAACACGGAAGAGAAAAAUAUUGAUGCACCUUGUAGAAGGAUGAGAGAUUACUUUCCUUCAUUAAAAAUGCCGAUCAACGAACGUGGAGAGUGUCAACACCACAGAAUUACAAUAACCAACACCAGAACAACUCUGCAAAGUUUUAACGCCCUCUACGUUCGUUGAUGCCGAUCAGGACUGACCAGAAUUACGCCACAGACUUCAUUUCUUACUAUACAUUUUAAGUAACGGGUGAAAUCAAAAUUGGGGGGAAGUGAGAAGGACGAGACAUGCAGGGAAUACCAUGACUCGGAAGAGGUUUGUUGGCAGACGUUUAGUUUAUUGCUCAGGAAUACCGGAUGAUCCGUCAUCCUACUUGAGGACGGACCCAAGCUGGUAGAUGUCAGAGGUUCUAUUUACGAAAGCCCAAAAUUUUUCAUAAACAUGACAGUUAAUAAAUGAAGACUGGAACAGAGAAUGGCCUCGUUUUAUGCCAACGUUGUUGUCACAAGGUUCUUUUACACCAGCCCAAAUAUCAAAUACCGGUUUUGACAGUGUGAAAGCAAAUAACUCGUAAUCUGUGCAGAAGGAUGUACCUGCAAAUUAGCAGGACAGAUUAAAAAGUGUGGGAGAUUUCGCAUUUACCUAAAUUUACGGAAAUCACCGUAGUUACCGCGCCGUUGUCUCCGACCGCGGUACACUUAUUGUUGAUCGAUGCGACCGCGGUAUAACGGUAAUAAUGCACGUUUAUCAUAUGGAAAAGACAUCAUUGCAUCGUUCAUUUUAGAUUCACUGCACGUAUGAUAUAUAGGUCUUAUAUGGCUCAUGAUAAUACCACUGUGGUUGUGCACUCUUCUCCUCAUCAAACGCAAUCACGAUGGAGUGCGACUGGUAUGUGCAUGUGCACACUAUGCGAUCGGGAAAAGUUGUAUUUGAAUUUUACUUUGUAAAUAGAAACUACUUGUAUGAUGCACAGCGCCUAUCAUAUUCACUCAUCAUGAUUCUAAGCACUAUGCCAUAUACAAUUUUACCAUUUCUACUUGUAAAAUAUGUUGCCCAAGGAAACGAGUUUGCAAUGCUUUUCGUAUUUUUGCACUUUUGUAGCAAAAAACAACAACAACUCUUAUACCAUUUUAGAAUGAAAUCGGUUAUAUAACAUCGAAAAUAAAACAAACAAACAAAAUCGUCGUUGAAACUUAAGUGUUUAUUUCUUAUUAAUGAUUAAGUUGGCGCUCAGCAUCUUAACUGUGCAUCACACAUUUUCUAAGUACUUGUCUGUACAUUACUUAAUGAUAUUUAUUACUUUACUUCUUCUAAAACUCUGAAAAAGUAAAUUUACUCCGAUAUUUUUUUCUAUUACCUCAUUUCGUUUCUACAUCUCUUAAUGGUAUUUAAAUAACAGAAACUACGAUACUACAUGUAUUUGAUUUUAACAAUGGUAAUAGUGACCAAAAUAAUGAUAUUUAUUUAAUAAUAAUAAUAAAAACAAUAAUAUAAGAAUCCAAUCAAUCCAAUCCAAAAGACAUUUGAUAUAGCGCCUUUUCCCUUCGGUUGUAAUAUAAUAGUAAUAAUAAUGAUAAUAAUAAUAGUAAUAAUAAAAAUAACAGUAGUGAUAAUCUCCUUGUGAUUGAGACCACAAAGGGACAGUAUGCGAUUUUCUGCCUCUCUUGGAAUUUUCUUGUAUUCCUUUCAACUUCUUCUCUUUUAUCUCAUAUUUCUCAUUUCCUUCUUCUACCCCCUCCUCCUCCUCCCCUUCUUCUUGUAUUCUUCACAUAAGAAAUAUCAUCCUGACAAGAAACAUCUGUCGUUUUAACGAUGUCUGGCGGACAUCAUAACAUGGGGAUGUAUACAAAAUUUAUCAAACCGACCGAUAUAUACUUACGCUUCAAUGUCAACACUAAUUGUCAUGCUUUUGAGACGGUAUAUCCACUAAACCUGACUUUUUGAUCAUUUACCUACACGACCAAAAACCAUGGGUGAUCUUUGUAUGUUUUUUUUUUUUUGGGGGGGGGAUUAUGGAAAUACCAAGACAAUAAACCAUACGUUUGAAACUAGACAGUGACUUUCGUGAUAUCUUUAUGACCAAAUUGACAUUAAUGUAUUUUUAUCAUUUUAAAUUGAGAAUUUAUGUUUCCUUUCUUUCUAUACAAAUAUAUAUACGUAAUUCAGGUGCUUACGUUAUUAACCUUAUCAUGCUUAUGUAAGAUUUGAUUGUGAUAGUAAUAUAUUAUUAUUGACUACGUAACAGAUGUUUCAUCAUUGGAAAUACAUUGUACUUUCUGAUAUAUACUUGUUAUAAGUUUUUGGUGAAUUUUUAUACUUUAUUAGGAAGCAUGAUUGUAUCUUUAUUAUUUUGUUUUCAUUUGAUAUCCAUUUGAUUUCCCAAGUCACACAGUCAUGGUAAAUCCAAAAUAGUUUUGAUACGAUGCAGAGAGUACUAGUUUUGAUGUAUGGUAUUACAAAUAAACGAGUGUUCACAC